UAAACCCUUCUCUCCCCAAUCCAAUACUAUCCGUCUCUGAGAUCUCGCCGUUGUCCUCAUCCGUACAAUCGCCGGUGUACUUAUCUCAUCUCCGCUCGAUAUCCGUACGGUCACUGAUGUUUCACUCUGCACCAGAGCAAUCAAUGAGCAAGGAGAUGAAUAUUUUUGCAUAAUCAAGAUCUAUUAUGAUCCAAAACGGACUCUGUGGGAAAAAAGUUGCAAGCUUGCCUUUUUGUGACGGCUGUUUCAAGUAAAUUGAACUCUUCAAUAUUUGUUAUUAGUCAUCAGAAGCAUUCAGUAUAGCUGCAGAUUCGUUUUGAAGGUCUGAGGACUUUCAAUUGCAGGAAAUAUUACUACAACGGAAAAAGGGUGGAGAAAGCAAGUCAGUGAGGAAAUAUUAAAACUAGAGACAUGAACAAAGGGUUUUGGAUGACAAAGGGUCCCGGGGGUUUAACUGAUGGUGAUAUGGCUUACGACAAUACUUCCAGAAUUGAGCCAAAGCGUUCUCAUCAGUGGUUCAUGGAUGGCACUGAAGCAGAGCUAUUCCCCAACAAGAAGCAAGCAGUCGAAGUUUCAAGCCACAAUUCAUUCACUGGACUUCUAAAUUCAAAUGUUUCUCCUUGGGGAAAUGCUUCAGGUUUUCACUCAUUUGCUGGUCAAUAUAGUGAAAGAUUAUUUGACCCUGAAGCUGCAAGGACCAUCAACUUUGAUGAGAGAAACAUUCCCACAGUUGGAACAGAUAAUAUCAAUAUGGGAAGAAAAGUAAUUGAGGAUCCACUUGUGAUUGAUUCUUCAUUUGGUUUAUCCAUAUCUCAUACGCUGGAAGAUCCUAGGUCAGGUAUUAAUUAUGGUGGGAUUAGAAAAGUUAAAGUCAGCCAGGUUAAGGACACUGACAAUUUCAUGUCUAUGUCAAUGGGUGAUGCCUAUACUAGAGGGGAUAACAGUAACAUGUCAAUGCCCCAUGCUUAUCGCAAGGACGAUGACAAUUUCGUGUCAAUGGGUCUUUCUUUUAAUAGUGGAGAUGGCAAUGUCAUGUCAAUGGGUGACACCUAUAACAGGGAGAAUAACAAUUUCAUGUCAAUAGGCCAACCUUACAACAAGGGGGAUAACAGCGCUGUAUUGAUGGGUCACACCUACAAGGAGAAUAAUAAUGGCAUAUCAAUGGGCCAGACUUUCUGCAAGGAUGAUGACAAUAUCACAACUGUGGCACAAACCUUGAACAAGGGAGAUGACAAUACGAUAUCAAUGGGUCAUACUUUCAAGGAGAAUAGUAAUGCCAUGUCAAUGAAUCAGUCUUUCAGCAGGUGUGAGAGCAAUAUCAUAACAAUGGGUCAAACUUUCAAUGAGGGGAGUGAAAAUACAAUAUUGAUGGGUCAUACCUUUAAGGACAAUAAUAAUGAUGUCUUAUUCAGCAAGGGUGAUAACAAUAACACAUCAAUGGAUCCAACCAUCAAAAAGGGGGAUGGCCAUACAAUAUCAAUGGGUCACUCCAACAAGGUGGAUGACAAUUCCAUAACAGUGGGCCGUGCCUACAGCAAAGUUGAUAAAAAUAAUUUAUCAAUGUGUCCCUCUUUCAGCAAGGGAGAAAGUAAUAUCAUAUCCUUUGGUGGCUGCCAUGAAGAUGAUGAUAUUAAUUCUUCAGGAAGGCUUAUAUGCAGUUAUGACUUGUUGAUGGGUCAGUCUUCAGCUCAAAGAUCAGAAGUACCGAAUGAAAAUGGGUUGAUUGAAUCAAACAGAGAUGCACUUGUAAGUGCUGCUCAGAUGACUGCAUCUGGAGUUGCAACUGUUUCUAAGAAGAAAGAAGAGCAAAAGGGGUCUAAAAAGGUUCCUCCAAACAGUUUUCCUUCAAAUGUCAGAAGUUUGUUGUCAACCGGUAUGCUGGAUGGAGUACCUGUGAAGUAUAUUGCCUGGUCACGGGAGAAGGAACUUCGCGGUAUUGUGAAAGGUUCUAGUUAUCUAUGUGGCUGUCAGACGUGUAAUUUUUCCAAGGCAGUUAAUGCUUAUGAAUUUGAGCGUCAUGCCAGUUGCAAAACAAAACAUCCAAAUAACCACAUAUACUUCGAGAAUGGAAAGACUAUUUAUGGGAUUGUUCAAGAGCUCAGGAACACGCCUCAGGAUUUGUUAUUUGAAGUUAUUCAGACAAUUACUGGAUCUCCCAUUAACCAGAAAUCUUUCCGUCUUUGGAAAGAAUCAUUCCUAGCUGCUACUCGUGAACUUCAGCGUAUAUAUGGAAAAGAUGAAGGGAAACAAUUGUCAUAAAGCAGUUUGUUCAAUUGUAAGGAUUGGAUCUCCAUGGUGCAUCCGCUUAGCCUUCAUAUCCAGCUCCAGUAGUCUUGUGAUCUUGAGCAAAAAGAGAUACAGCUGCACCUAGGUCCUCAGUGAGUUUUGUUGGGGAAAAAAUUCUGUAAAUUUUUGUUUUUACUUAAUGGCUGUAAAAAGACGGUAGCAAGAAGGUUUUUCAUCAUGUUUUUAAUCAAUGCUUGCAUUGAAGGGUAACAUAAUAUUGAUGAGCAGAAAGUCCCCUUGUUACUGAUUUUGCCCUCUUUUUGGAUUUUGUUACUCGAGAAUGUUUUAAAGAAAUUCAAUAUAUUCUUGGUUGUUUUUCUUUA